AUGAACAUUUAUUUCAGUACAAAGAUACUUAAAUUUCAAGUUCUUGAUCCUCCAUCAUCAGAACACAGGAAUUUGAAUAUAAUCCGUCGUCCUAACAAUUCUUUGAAUGCAAAUAAUUUGAAAAAACAAAGAUCUCAUCCUUACCAUCCUAAUGUUCUCCAUCAUAAUAACUCUUCUCCUAACCGACAAUCGCAACCACCACCGCAAUUGCAACAAAAUUUGAUCACUGAUUAUACAAUUGCUCGUAAAUCUUCAACUAUUAAAGGCAUUCUUAAUCAUCCUUCCAAGACUAUUAAUGACUUAAUACCUUAUGGCGGUGUUUGUUUGAAUAGAGGAAGUGGUAGUAGUGAUAGCUCAUCGUCAGAAUCUGAAGAUAAUAAAAGUAUCAGAGUUGAAAAUAUUUACGAAGAGGAAGAAGAUGAUACAAUUGAUUCACCUAUCAACUCUUCUGCAUUAUCUUCUUCUUCGCCCAUUUUACCAUACCAACAUAAAAAUCUCAAUUAUGAAGAUGAAAGUAACGAGAAUGAUGCUGAUGAUAAUUUAAGUGAUUAUUCUGAUAGUUAUUGGGUGACAAAUCCUGAGGAAGAAGCUUACCUUACUGACGAAGAUGAAAAUGAUGAAAAUUCUUGA